UUGCAAUAAUAAUGGAGUCUUAAAGUCGAUUCUAUUAGUUCGAGAACUUUUGGUUCAAUCGAUUAUCGAAUCGAAUAAAUAUAGGGAUACCAACAUUUAUAGAAAAAAAAAUAGAUUUAGUUCUAAGAUAAGUGUUACCAAUGUUAGAUGAUCAUCUGCAACCAGCUGAGUUCUUGAGCUCUCUUUGAUAAAUUCAUCAUAAACAGUGUCUUGAGUCGUAAUAUGUAGAUUUUUGUGUAUCAAGGUCUAACGUAUUUCUUUGUUUGCUGUAAAAAAACAUAUUUUAUUUUUAUUUUCUUGUUAAAAUCAGAAAAUUUAUCCCACAUGAUGAAUGAACAAUGACGUCGAUAACAACGUAAUAUUUUUCUCAAAUCAACUACGUAUUUAGUUCGAGACGAGAAAUUUAUUUUUUUAUUGUUCUCGUUUCUGUCAUCGAGUUUCGAAAAUGUCGGACAUAAAGAGUAUGGAGCAUCCUACUCUAAAGGUGCCAUAUGAGUUGUUAAACAAAAAAUUUCGCUCAACGCAAAAAGUUUUAGACAGAGAAGUGUCUCAUGUACAAGCAGCUGCGAAUGAACUUGAAAAAGGACUUAAUAGUAAUAGUGGUCAUGCAACAACAGGAGAAAUCACCCGUUUAUUAGGUGGUGUAGUAGCUAGAUUACAAGUGUUAAAAAGAAAGGCAGAAGAAUCGAUAGCAGAAGAACUUCAAGCUGGUAUGGUCUGUAAAAGAAGAUUAGAUCAUUUAAAAGAACAUGCGAACUCAUCUCCUAGUGUCGUAAAUCAAUGGAGAAGACAGCGACUUGAUAGGAUGCUUGUUGAAUAUUUUUUAAGGAAAGGAUAUUAUAAGACAGCUAUGAAAUUGGCUGACACUACAGAAUUGAGAGAUUUAACAAAUAUUGAUGUGUUUAUGGUAUCUAGAGAAGUUGAAAUAUCAUUAGCAAAUCAUGAGACAACCCGUUGCUUAGGAUGGUGCCAUGAUAAUAGAUCGAAAUUAAGAAAAUUAGGUAGCACAAUGGAGUUCAAUUUAAGAGUUCAAGAAUUUAUUGAAUUAGUUCGUCAAGAUCGUCGUUUGGAUGCAGUAAAACAUGCACGAAAAUGCUUUGCGAAUUAUGAUGAUUAUCAACUUCAAGAAAUUCAAAGCUGUAUGGGACAGUUAGCAUUUCCAGCAAAUCCUUAUCUGAGUCCUUAUAAAGAUUUAUUAGAUGAAAAACGUUGGGACCGACUUAUAGAACAAUUUCGUCAUGAAAAUUAUAGACUGUUUCAAUUGGCCAGUCAAAGUAUAUUUACUGUUGCACUCCAAGCUGGUCUUUCAGCUCUAAAAACACUUCAGUGUUAUAGUGCUAAUAAGGAAGGUAAAAAUGCUAGUUGUCCUGUGUGCAAUGAAGCACUUAAUGAAUUAGCUGCUCCAUUACCUUUUGCUCAUUGCUCUCAAUCGAGGCUAGUGUGUAGUAUUAGUGGGGAACCUCUAAAUGAAUAUAAUCAACCGAUGAUGAUGCCGAAUGGAUACGUCUAUGGUGAAAAGGCUUUAGAAAAAAUGGCACAAGAAAAUAAUGGCGCUGUAAUAUGUCCAAAAACCAAAGAAGUAUUUCCAUUCAAAAAAAUCGAAAAAGUUUAUGUCAUGUAAUAUACAAUUUUUAAUUAGCAUAAAUAUAAAAUAUAGUUGCAAUAAUAAGAAUAAUUAUAAAAAUAAUU